AUGGCUGCUGGAGGAUUAGAUGCUCGGUUUGUAGAUCGACUAUCAGAGAGACACACAUGUCCGGUAUGUCUUGUCGCAUUGAGAGAACCAAUGAUGACUAAAUGUGGCCAUUUGAUUUGUAACGACUGUGUGAGGCCCUUGGCAAGGCGUGGCCGCGUUGUGUGUCCUCUGUGUAGAGAGGAACAGAAUGAAUCAGAAAUCUAUCCAAACAACUAUGAUAAAAGAGAAAUAAUGAGUCUGAAGAUCUACUGUGAUCAGCAAGAGAAGGGAUGUGGAUGGAAAGGAGAACUAAGGGAGAGAGAAACUCACAACGAGACUUGUGGGUAUGUUGAUGUUCUAUGCAAACAUGAAUGUGGAGAAAUGGUGAAGAAAAAAGAUAUGGAAAGUCAUAUGAAGAAAACGUGCAUGAACAGGAAAGUUGAAUGUAGUUGCGUGUGA